AUGAGCUCGAGCUCGCCUUCACUCAGGACGGUGGACAUGUCAUUUCUCUCGAACGCGACUAGUUACGUCGAUGACAGGGGUGCGGGUCAUGUCAAGGUCAACAACAGCAAGGACUGGUCAGAGAUUCUGCCAAACAACACCACUGCUCGCAUUGUUUAUGAAGGUUCAGGUUCGGCAGAGGAAGUCCUCAUCAUUCCUUCCGGCGUGGCAGCAUUAGACGCUACAAAAUCCUCAUCUGGAUCACAGGCAGAAAGUAGCCACACGUCUAUAGUUGACAACCCCCAUACCGAUUCCAGCUGCGAUAAUUGCUCAGGAAAUUCAAUCCAGGAAAUUGACAAAGGAUCAACGCCAACGAUGCUUUUGGUCGUUGGUAUUAUCUUGGUUACCAUUACAAUAGCAACAAUAUUUGCCGUAGUGAGAUACAACCGGAGGAAUCGACGGCGAAUAUCUGAUGAUCCCGAUAUUCCUUUCAUUGUGAGCUCGUUGACCCAUCAGGCUCCUCCACAGCUUAGCACUCUAGACACAGACAUCAGACCGGACUUGUGGGUAGAAGGCCAGUAUCAAUACUCACCUACGAUGAGCGGGCUGGAAAAUUCACUUAGUGGCACCGCAAUCUUGUCGGAUAACAACACAAUUGCUUCGCGCCAUCGACUUACAGUUGAUGCAUAUCCUAUAAGUUCCGACACCCGUGGGGGACUUCGAUAUCAUACACGACUAAAUAAAAAUGAGCGGGUACGUUACGACAAGGCUUCUUCUGAUGGUGUUUCGAGUAGAAGGCGUAAUCGGAGAGAAACAUCGCCAGUUGUUCUUUACGAACAAGAUUCGAUUGAAGAACGCAAGACGAGCUCAGGCCAAAAAAUUUACCAGAAGCGACGAUCAUCGCAGCGACAGCGACAGCAAUCUCCGCGUUUACGUCAUACUAGACAGCAAGAGUCUCAGCACCAGCGUAGACGAGAUAUGUAUGCAGCCCGGCGGGAAAUGUAG